AUGCUGAUAAGUAUUAGAGUUUUUCUCGGUGUGGCCGAGAACUACCUUCUCCACCAAGAAGUGGCGGAGUAUCUCAAAACUCAUUCAACCAUUACCGCGAACAAUCAUCAUCUAGGGUACGGAAUUGGCCCACGAGGGUCGCCGCGUCUAGUAAACGCCCUGGUGUCGUUUCUCAACUCCGAGCUCCAACCAUCUGCGCCGGUAUCAGGAAGAGAGAUCCUGGUUCUGCCAGGAGUUGUGGCAGUACUCGAUGCUCUCGCAUGGUCCAUCUGUAACGAAGGCGAGGGAAUCCUGACUCCUGUUCCUUUCUACACCGGCUUCAACCCUGCCAUUUCUACCAGAGCACGCGCAAAGCUCUUACCCGUAUCAUUCCGUGACCUUGAGGGUUAUCGAGACUUGGAUGAUGUAUUCGAUCCAGAGAUGAAUGCUAAGGCCUUGGAAAAUGCCUUGCACAAAGCUACUAAAGACGGUGUGAAAGUGCGAGCUGUAAUGAUUUCCAAUCCGCAUAAUCCGCUAGGAAGAUGCUAUCCUGUCGAGACACUCCAAGCUAUCGCACGCUUCUGCAGUUCUCACGAGCUGCACCUUGUUAGUGACGAGGUUUUCGCAAUGUCGGUAUACGACAACUCUGCGGCUCCAAAUUCCACGCCCUUCACGUCGGUCAUGGCGUCUAAUCUUGAGGAAUAUAUGGAUUGUAAUUUCGUCCACGUUGCGUACGGCAUGGGUAAGGAUUUUGGUGCUACAGGGCUUCGAUUAGGCGUGCUACAUUCGAAAAAUAAGGGCGUUUUAGCAGCAGUGUCCAGCAUAUCUGUUUUUGGAUGGGUGCCUUAUAUUGUCCAGGACAUGUGGGCAUGCAUUCUUGAGGAUGAAAACUUCCUGUCCGAGCUCAAAGCCAAGAACCGGAAAGCACUGGCCAAACAUUUUACCAUGUUGAGGUCGUUCUUAGAGCAGCACAAUAUUCCAUAUUACAAGAACGUCAACGCCGGUGUAUUCAUCUGGGUAGACCUACGCCAAUAUCUGCCCGAGGCUUCGGUCGAGGAACUACCUUCAGGUAGCCAGGAAGGCGCACCUCCUCCAGCGGAUGCAAAACAAACCCGUGAAACGAGACUGUUCAAACGAUUGAUGGGUGAACGCGUGAUCAUUUCUAAUGGGAGUAGUUUCGCGACUGAGGAGCUAGGUUGGUUUCGUAUCAGCUUUGCAGUUGAAGAGAAGGCAUUGAUUACAGGAAUUGAGAGAUUGGCUCGGUGCUUACAACAUAUAAAGGCACGCGGCUGGGAGACGAAAUAG